GCCCCUAGGGUGACGUCACCCAGCGCGCCUGCGCGGCCAUGGCGGCGGCUUGCGCGGAGAUGGAGCCGUCGGCGGCGCCUCCUCCCUCUCCCCUUCCUCCCGCCGCACCGGGCUCGGCUGAGCUGGUGUGCGCGCAGGGCCGGAACCUGAAGGCAGUUCUGUGCCAGCGGUGCGGUUCGCGGGUGCUGCUGCCCGGAGCCGCCACCUUCGCCCGCCGUGAGCUCCUCCUGCCCGCCAUGAGGAAGAAGGCGGCGGCGGCGUCCGGCGGAGGCGGCGGGGACCUGGUGCGGGAGCACUGGCUGGUGCGUGACAUGUUCUCCUUCGAGAACGUGGGCUUCACCCGCGACGUGGGCAACGUCAAGUUCCUGGUGUGCGCCGACUGCGAGGCGGGGCCCAUCGGCUGGCACUGCCUGGACGACAAGGAGAGCUUCUACGUGGCGCUGGAGCGCGUGGCCCACGAGUGACACCGGCGCUGCCCCACGGGCUGGGGACGGCGGCACAAAGUCCCGGGAGUGCGCUUGGGGAAGCCGGGCUGCGCCGCUGGGAACCCUGCCUGCCCCACGGACCGAGACGAGGCCCGGCAUGGCCACCCCACAGCUGACAGCCCGGCCCGGCACCACACAGCCCCGCGCCCACCGCAGCUCCUGGGGAGGACAUCGGUGCCGGGCGGGUCCCCUGAGACUUUCAGGGACAGCUUCUCUUGACAGUUUUGCCAAAUAGCUUGGUCUGCCCCAGGCCCUCUUGCUACCCUCCCUGAUGGGUUUCAGACGAGUUGGGGUUCUUUUGGGGUGGUCUGUGUGUGACACGGAUCAGCCUGGGGCACAGGGGCAAGGGGAGGGCAGGACUGAUUCAUUGAAUCAUAAUGGCAGCUUAAAUUGUCUGAACUACAGCCAAAGUAGUUACAGGGUCUAAGGCUGUCUCUUUUGUUGAUUUUUAGAAGAAAUGUUCCCUACCCUGAACCCUAACAUUUAGGUUCUCUAAAAUACCAUGCUACUUGCCAAGUGUAACCUGUAAGAGUAUGUAUGGCACCUGAAGUGUGUGUAAGGCAUUUUAGCUAACAUCAUAUGCAGUUUUAUUCACUGAUUACUUGGAAAUAAAAUAAGAUACAGACAGACUUUACAGACAGCCAAUCAGGAAAAUGUGCAAGAUCCCAGGAUUUCCAGGCUGCAAGCAUGAAACAGUUCCAACAAAACAAAUCAAUGGAUGAGCAGUGUGCAGUGACUGUGUCUCAGUGCUGAAGAAUGUCAAAACAGUUGUAUGUGUAUUGAAACAAGUUGGGAAGGAAUUUCUCUUCUCUAAAAGCAGCUGGGCAGAGCAGUGCUGGGAUAUUGUGUCCAGUUUUGGUUUCUGCCUUUUAAAAGAUGGAUACAAAGCUGAUUGAAAAUCAUAGGAGGCUGUAGCAGCUGUGGUUCUCACCGUAUUUAUCUUUUGGUAAUUGUGGUCCACUUCAUGUUCUCUGUUUGCAACCCCCUGUGUGAACAACACAGCAGCUUCACAGUGAUGAUCCAGGGUCACAGAGGAUGUCUCAGUGCCAGAGGUGUAUCUCUGUGUUAUGCUAAGAAACAUUUUGGGUACCGAUGCAGCUGUAAAGGCACAACUGUCAUGGCACUGGGAUGCUGAAGUUGCAUUUGCCACCACAAUCAAGGUCAGUUGUACUGGAGUGUUGCUGCCACGAGGCUGUGGGACAGACCUGCUCCUCGCUUCUCUAAGAACAGUUCUGCUGGAGGAGUCUGUAAGGCAGGCACAGGCUCUGCAGAAAGGCAUCCUGGCAGUGAGGGAAACCUGGCAUUUCUUCUUCCAGUGCUUAAGCUCCAUCACUUUUAAGAAUUGGAGCCUCUGCCUUUAUACAGAACAACCAAGGUGUUGCUGUUCUGGGGCUGCUCUGUCAGAAGCCUCUGCUGGGGACAGUCAGGAUUUAGUAAUGGGAGGGAGAGAGGAAUAACUGGAGUCUGAUGAUGAAGUCUGAUGACUCACCCUGGAGGAGGUGAGUCCUGCACUGUGACCUUGCUAAAUGUGGCAGAUGCACAUUUGACAGAAAAACUUCCCUCUUGCCCUUUCUUGUUUAUCCCUAAGCCAAGGAACUGAGCAGGCUGGUGUAUCUAGAAGGUGAGAGAGCUGUAUUUGUGUUCUGCACAGGCAUAAGGAAGUAGUGGGAUCACAUCACUUUGAUUUCACACUUUCACUUGGAUUGUUGUCUGCUAGGGAUGUGUUUCCACCUGUAACACCUCAAUUGGAGUCCCUCUUACUAAAAUAUAAAUUGUGCUGCACAAUAAUUUCAUUUUGUAGGCACCAUGCAGAGCAAGGUUGUGGAUAUAAGCUUGAGUAAAGUAUAAGCUGAGUGAAGUGUGCUUCAAGUAUGCUUCCCAGAAAAAUUGUACAUGUGGAUUCCUGACCCUGGGGAGUGGUCAGGGGGUGGCUGUGGGGCAGAGCUGAGGUGGUGGCAGCAGCUUUUCCUGUGCUUCCUGGGGACCUUGGGUCAAAGGCCUUCUUCCUAUCAGCUCUUAAUGCUGUGCCAACCCUGCUCUGCAAGAGUGAGACAUCCCUGGGUUACCCACACAGCCCCAUACCAGCUACUGUGAAGAAAUCCAACUCUACCCCUGACAAAACCAGUACAGGGUGUGAGCUGUUUGCCACAUCCCUGACUGCACCACUGGCUGACUGGUUUCUUGGUCAAAAUGACCAUGCAGCAAAGAAUCAGCACAGACAGGAAAGUCCAACUGCUGGAAAUACACAAAGUGGCAGAAGUACUGCUGCUUGGCCAGGGGGAGAAAGUGAACUUCACAGUGUAAUGAGACAUACUUCUUUCCACAAAAAAAAAAAAAAAAAAAAAAAAAAAAAAAAAAAAAAAAAAAAGGGCCAAUUAUUGUAGCAAGACAGAGCAGGGUAUAUUUUCAAUAUCUAAACCAAAAGUCAGUGAUGGAGACCAGGACAAAAUUUGUAGGUUAAGGUCAGUUUACUCCCAGGUAACUAAAAGAAGAUGGGGCCAAGAAAUUUAACCAAGACAGGCAACACAGCCACCAAAAUCUGACACAAGUUGAGACAGGGCAUGCCAAGCAGAGCAACAGGAAUCCUGCAGCACAGAGAUGGCACUGCAGGCAGGUAAUUCAACAGGCCUUUUAAUUGUAAAAUAAAACAUAAGUGAACUUGAUGGAGAAGCUGUUUCAGCCUUGAUGAAUGUCUGGUGGAAGUUGUUCCCUCAGGCCAGCAGGGAAGAAGGCAGGGAAGUACCCAGUGAAAGAAACAGAAAUUAAAGCAAGCAGGGAAUGGAAGCAGCCCCUGAUGUAUGGACUUGCAGAGAACAAAAAAAAAUAGGGCAGGUAGCCAAGUCCAUGCUUGCUGGAGCAGGAUUAAAACAGCUGGAAGAGCAAAUAAUUAAAGAUUUAAAACCAGGGAAUUUAUUUAAGGCCAUUAAAAACAGGAUCUUAUUUAAGGAUUACUGACAAGAAGCCACACUAAUAGAACGUUAAGGUUACAAAGUCAAAGAUCAAGGUAGAGAACACUGAUAUUAAACUUGCUUGGGAAAUGUUAAUCUCCUGUGUGCAUCCAUCCUGCUGCUGUUCUGCUGACUAUCACUUAGGAGAUCUCACAAAGCAGAAAGAGUGCCCAGCCCUUUGGGGUUCCAAUCUGGCAAGUCAAGCACAUCCUUCCACUGAUUUUGACACUCCCUGCAGGGGGAGGACCAGGUAUAAACAGGUAUAAUCAUAUAAUUAGAGAUAUACCCAUGGCACAUGUUCAGUGCUCAGGGGAGGAAUUACUCAUUCCCCAGGAUGAACAGCUCUGGCUGUAUCCUCUGCACCUUUCCUUAUCUAAGGAUUUCCAGCCCAUCUGAAACAGGGAGUGUUUAGGUCAGGAAUUAAUCCAGCCCUGUCAAGUUGGAUAGUUUUCAGCUGUAAAUGAAAGAUUUUUUUUUUGGCACCCUGCAAAAAUUCCCCAGAGCCUCAUGUCCUCCCAUAGAGGUUUGGUCUGAGAUCUGUGGAUUCGGCAUUUCCACCUCUUGUGUGCUCUUCCUCAUUCAUGCUAGCUAGAACAGCUACCUUGCCUUGCCUGCAAUUCCCUUCCCCGUCUACAGAAAAAAAACCAAAAAAAAUCUAAAUAU